AUGGGCUGUUAUGCAUCGCGGAAUCAGAUCUUGGCACCCGAUUCUGGCAAUCCCACCGUGUUCAAGGACCCGCUGAGAUCUCGGCCUCCGUUGCAUCCCAUUGGGGGUUGUUUGACAUGCUAUGUGCCUAUUCCACAUGUGGUUCCCGAGGUCUGCCAACUCCACAUCAAUCCCAUGCUCACUGCCAAGAGGCGUGUCUCGAGCGUCUCGCUGCCUCAGAACACGGAACGGAGGUCUUGGCUUAUGAAGCUCAAUGCUGUCGAGAUGGGUACGAUGGCUUUCGCCUCCUUCGCUACCUAG